AUGAAACGAUUCUUUCUACUUGUGUUUCUAAUCGUUUGCCAAACCAAUGCUGAUGAUGAUGAUAAUUACCAAAUAACAUUAAUGAGUUAUAAUGUUAUGCUUUUGCCAAGUAUUCUUGUUUUUGAACGUGAUCAAAUAACUCGUGCUCAUCUAUUAACUAAAGCAAAAUUUAUUCGUACGAGUGAUAUACUUUGUCUACAAGAAGUAUUUCAAAAACGGCCAAGUGCAAUAUUACUUAGUGCAUUAGCUGAAACCUAUCCUUACAGUACACCAGUACUUGGCGAUGAAGACGAUAAAAAUGAAUGGAACGAAGUAUGGAAUGAUCAUAUAAGUUCUAGUCCAUUGAAAUUUGUUAGCGGUGGUGUUACAAUUUUAAGUAAAUGGCCUAUUGCAUAUGCUGUAGAAUAUUUCUAUAAACAUGCAUGUAGUGCACAUAGUUUUGUUCGAACUGGUUUUGUUUAUGCAAAGAUUUUAUAUGGUCAUAAUAAAUAUCCUGUACAUGUAUUUGGAACACAUUUACAACCCAAUGAUUAUCGUGGUUGCUAUUUAUAUGGCGAGGACAAAAUACGUGAAAAGCAAAUGCAUGAAUUAAAUAGUUUUCUUCAAGCAAGAAAUAUUUCAUCGCAUGAACUUGUUUUCAUUCUCGGUGAUUUUAAUAUUAAUAAAUAUAAUGUUCAGCAAUAUGAAAAUAUGCUUGAAAUAUUACAUGUUCAUGGCCAAUAUUUACAUUCAUCAAGUAUACCAUUUAGCUGGGAUAGUUCAUUUAAUGCAAUGACCAAUUCAAGACAUAAUAAUCAAUUAUUAGAUUAUGUUUUUUUACAUAAAAAUCAUACACCAAUAAAUACACAUUGGUUUAAUCUUAUUACAGAUCGAAUGGCAUCAAAACAAUGGCGUUUACUCGGUGAAAAUCAUUCCUUUUAUAAUACACGUAAUAUUCCGUUAAUAGAACUUUCUGAUCAUUAUCCAGUUAUUGGUUUUUUUAAUCUAAGUCAACAGCAAUGGUCCCAUAGAUCAUCAGGUGUGAUAACAUAUAUUAAAUUUAUGACAGCUGAUACAAAUUUACCAGUGAUUAUUGUUGAUCGUGAAUUACGGAUUGGAACAUCAAUCAAUCAAGCAGGCACACUGUUUAUUCUAACAAAUAAUGGUACACCACGCCGACAUCGAUGUUUAAGAUCAGAACAAAAUAUAUUAUUAAUUGAUGCCAAUAAACCAGAAUUUUAUUUAUCAAAUGAAAAAUUGCUCCGAAUGAAAUUCGGCAAAGAACAUUCUAAUCGAUAUUUGAAAAUUAUUCAACUUGAUAAUCUAUCGAAUUGUAUUCAAACAAAUUCAACGAUUAUUUUUCAAUCACGUUUAUCAACUGGUUAUUAUUAUGUUAACAAUAAAUUUUCGCAACUUUGUACAUGUACAAAUGAUAAAAAACAAGCACAACGAUUUCGUUUAAUUGAAGUUGAACGUAAAAAUGUUAGUUGGUCGAUGGCAUAUGAAUGA